UCUUGGAUGUGGAAGCAUUUGAGCGUCUCCUGGGCCCUUGCAUGCAGAUAUUGAAAAGAAACAUACACGAUUAUGAAAGUCAACUGAUUAAAAUUUUUGGAUCCAAGAACAACAUAAGUGAUGUUCGAUGAAUAUUUAACUUACUUACCUUUCUAGGUAAAUCAGUGAAUUUUUCUUUAAUUCUCGGACCGCCUCUGUCGCACCUUUAUUUUUCAGUCUCUUGUAUCUACUUUUCCUACUUUUCUAUUGAGCUUCUCUCCCACUUUUCCUUAGUAGGUACUUCUUUCUUAGAUUUCAAUCACCCUUAAAAUCUUUCUUUGAAAAGUGUUAUUCAAUUACCAGAACUCUCAACAUGGUUAAAACUUUUUUUCCUGUUGUUUUAAUUAUCCAAUUUUGUCGUUCAUCACCAAAAAGGACCUGUAAAUUAUACCCACAGUGAAUUGGAGGAUCGAAUUUAGGGAAAUUAAAUUUAGUUCAAAGGGUGUAAAGAUACAAGAUUCACCUUUUUGUUUGGGGGAAGGGGGGGGGGGUCAGGAAUACGUAAAAAACACAAACUGUUACAACUCUUUUUUCCUCCUUUUUUAUCCUUUCAAUCUUCCAGUAUGUAAUUGUUUGUUUAAUAUUAUUAUAUAUUGUACAGACUCUCGGAAGAGAAAAAAAGCUCUAUGAUCUUAGCAGCAUUGCAACACAUUUGGCUUCUUUCAGCCAAACUUGGUUCAAACAUGUAUAUGAAGUUAACACAAGUGUAUGAAGUACUAUUUAUUUCAAUAUUUAUAUCUUUCUCCAUCUUUUUUUUUUUCAAAACUUAAGCUGUAUGAUGAGAGUAUCAUAGUAAUAUUCUCUGGUUCCCUUCUUAAUGGUUAUUUGUAUGUGAUUAGAUUAAGCUAGAAAUGAAUGUAUCUAUUUUAGGCAUUUGGAUUAGCUCGUAAAACUACAUUUUAUUGAUUAACCUAUAUAAUUUUUACAAAAGCUAUCUCCAAGGUAAAGAAAGUUCCGUUUGGUACUUCAUAUAAAAAUUCGUCAAGUCAUUCGAACGCUCAUUUUUAGCUUCAAGCCAAAAGAUCCUGCAGUUCAAGUGUUUGAAAGUGGGCGUAUUUGCAUGUAAACUCGCAACAAUCUCCAUUUUUUACCACAUAACAAAAAUUCAUAAGCCCUCUCCUAAUUUCUGUAAGAUCUUGCUUUGACCUCACAUGCUGUUUUAUUAAGUAUGUGUGUACGGGUUUGGUAGCAUUGACGUAUACUCUUCACAUUGUUACCCCCUCGUUUAAAUAUGUGAAUACGCAUGCAUACUAAUUUGAAAAUAAAAGUAUUCAGCAGCCUGAUGGUCAAAACUAUUUCUCGUUUUGUUGGCUAGAUCAUACAAGAUGUACCA